AUGCCAGAUGACUCCUACCGCGCGGAGUAUGCGGCCUACUCAGCGCGUCGGGCUGCGGAAGGCUUGCCCAAGGUUUCUUAUAGAAACUAUUUGCGGCAAUGGCGCCGCUCAGAGGAAGGGCACGCAGAAAGAGGCGAGCCUCCCAUAGAGAAGGGAGGGAAGGGCACUAAGGGUGGAGUAACUCCCUCACCGCCUCCUCCAAAGAGGCGGCAAGAGGGUGCUGAGGGUGGAGAUGCUCCCCCUGCAGUCAAGGCAAAAGGUGGAGACACUCCUCUUGAGAACACGGGGGCUCAGCUUGCUCGGCAGCAAGCCCUGGAAAACCAAGAAAGGAAAGCGUCCAAAGUGCUGGAGGAUGCGGGCUACCCGGAGUUUCCAGACUACGUGCCCUCCUGCGGAGCCCAACACAGACAUAGCCAAUGCGCUCAUGACGUCAUUCCUUCGGACACGAAAAGGCCUGGCGGGGGAAGAUCUUUCCUCGAAAGUUGCAAUCCUGUCGACUGGUUGGCUGCUACCCAGCGACCCGGGGAUCCCGGGUACCGGGCCUUUACGGACCGGAACGGGGUCUACCUGCAUAGGCCGAUCAACCGUCAUCUGGCGGAAAAUUACAGCUCCCUCACGCGCUACGGCGCGAAACACAUAUUUGUGAAGCCUUGCGUGGAAGUGGUGUAUGACAUCCGUGGCAGCCUCAAGGCGGGCAAACAGACAAAUCAAGUCAUACAAGCGUUUGACAGCGUACAAAUCGUGGCGAUACACCUUCGCAUUGCCACGCAGCAGAGCCUCCAGGCGUCAGAGUACUUGAUGGAGUGGUCGGGCAGCCUUGAGCUGCCCCUGCAUGCAGCGCGCGCAGCCUUUGAGACGAUAGGUGGAGAAACUCCCCUGAGAAUCACAAAGAGUGGAGAUGCUCCCUCAAGAUCCUCUGGGUCAGUAUCAAACGAGCCUUCUAUUCCACCCAGUGCAACAGCCUCUAGCAGAGGGAUAGCUGCAAUCGUCGAGGAGGAACUCCCGGAGAUUCAGGAAUGGCUUGGAAAGGAGGGAUCGCUUGGAUCUUUCAGGGAGGCCUCGAAGAACCCAGAGAGCCCGCUAGCAUUUGCGAUCUCCAAAGCUCUCGCAGCAUGCCUUCGCCACGGCCACAAGCCCCGGAUACACGUCAAUGAAGCGGGCCGGGCACAUCUGUCAGACGUGCUCUCUUGGCCUCGUAUUGCUGAGACCUCUGCCACCUCAGGGGACAUAUUGGAGGUCGUCCGAAGUAAUCGGAAACAGCGAUAUCAAAUGGGUCUCAAAGCCGAUGGCUCUCACUAUGUCCGGGCCGCACAAGGCCAUUCAAGAACCGAGGUUGGCGAGGCAAACUUGCUGGAACCAGUGUCGGAGGAGCAACUCCCCAACACGCUGUUACAUGGCACCUCCUGGAAUGCGUAUGAAAGCAUCCAACAAAGGGGGCUUCUCCCUGAGGCAGGUCGCAGUCUUCAGGCGGCAAAGGAGGCCGCAAGGGAGGCCAUAAAUGGCGAGAGGGACGGCAACACGU